AUUGUGACGUGUACGGAAUUAGUUUCCGGAUGAAGUGAACAGGAUAAAGCCUGAGCUGACAUGGCAGCCAAUGGAUCGAGCUGUGAACAAUCUAAGAGACGUGCAGGACCCAAGGACAAACUGAAUGGCAUGUCCACAGAUUUAUCCGUAAGAGAGAGACGACAAAAAGACAAGGAAGAACGUCUUUCUCUGGUGGUGUGGAGGAGACCUGUCAUCACGCUACAAUAUUUCCUUCUGGAAACCCUCAUCAAGCUAAAGGAGUGGACAUACGAGCUUUGGCAUCGACGAGUAGCAGUGUUCUUAUUUUUGGUGUUGUGUUCUGUCUUCUCCAUCACAUACUCCACAGAGGGAUCUCACCAGCAAUAUGUUCAGUACCUGGAGAAGAAGUUUCUAUGGUGUCUCUACUGGGUAGGCCUUGGGAUCUUGUCCUCAGUAGGACUUGGGACUGGUCUGCACACCUUCCUGCUUUAUCUG